AUGGAGAAAAAAAAAAAAAAAAAAAGAUUUUCAUUCCAAGGGUAUUUUAAAAAAUCAGAAAAUUCACUGAACCGUGAAAAGAAUGGUGACACGAAUAGCAGCAAUGCCACGAACUGCAGCAAUGACAACUUUGAUAAGAACCACGGAACAUAUCAUAACGAAUCAGAAGGAAAUCUGAAUAACAAAUUAAGAAAACAGUUUUGUAGUUAUCCCCUUGGGUUAGUAGCUUAUUACAGAUGCUUGGAGGGGAAACACACAGCUCUGAGGGAUUCGUCUGGAUGUAACAGAACAGCUUUCAUAAGGAACUAUGAGGAGAACGAUGAUGCAGGCUCGCCGUGGAUGUUCAAACUGAAACACAAGAGGCUAUUGGACUAUGAGGACAAAUGGGGGAAUAAGAACAAGUCUAAUUAUUGCAUAAAGUUGAGUGGAAAAUCCAAGUUUUAUAUCCAAGUGGAAUCAGAUAAUUGCAUGGAACUGCUGGGAGGAAAUUAUUGCACGAACGAAAAGAGUAUUCAAAUAAAGAAAGAAAUUUCGAAGAAUUUAUUGAAUGAUUAUAAUGAAGGAUUUACAUUUGAAAUGUGGAUUGGGAUAAAAGAAACGAAUUUGGAAUUCAAAAGAGAAGAUAAAAAGGAAGAAAAGAAAAAAAAACUAAAAAAAAAAACUUAUAUAUAUCUAAUUCAAAAAGGAAAAGAAGAAGAAUAUCAAUGGAGUAUAUACCUAGUUAUUUUGAAAGAUGAAUGUUAUUUUGUAAUAGAUUUCAAAAAUCGUAAAUUUAAAUUUGAUUCUUUUCCUGUUGAACAUUUAAAAACUGUAAAAUUAAAUAAUUAUUAUUGGGUUCAUAUAUCUGUUAUAUUUAACCUAUCUAUUGAUCUCAUAUAUGUCAUAUUAUCAGGAAAUGAUGAUUAUUUCUUAAAAAUGUGUAAAAAUGUGUAUGCUAUUUUUUAUAGCAGUAUGCUAUAUCCAACGAAUUUUUUUCUAGACACUCAAUCUAUGCUACCAAUAUACAUUGGUUCCAAACCAUAUAAUGAAUUUUAUGGUUCAGAUAUUAGUUAUGAGGAACAGGAAGAGAAUAAUAAUAAACUCGAAAAAGGAGUUCUUAACAAAAAAAAGAAAUCAUCCAAAUCGAAUAGUAAUUAUAAGGGAGAAGAGGAAAACAAUGAAUUUAUUUCAUUUCUAAUAACAGAAAUAAGAUUAUUUGCAACAAGCAGAUCUGCAGAUUUGGUAGCUAAGGAAUGUAAAUCCUUAUUGGAUAUUGCUCCUGUAGAUGCUAAUGGUAGUGACAUGGUGUGUAGUUUAAGAGAUGAAGAAAAUAUACGAGAGAAGAAAUUGGAAGCGAGUAAUGAAAUGGAGGAACAUCAUCCAAUCGGGUUAUAUUCUGAAGGAAUCCACAAAUCCAGUUGCCAAAAUGGGUAUUCUGGUCGAAGCAAUAGAAUAGAUUCACUUCAUCAGAGAGAUGUUGAGGGGAUGCACUUUUCCAACAAUGCCGUAGAUCAAACGGGCUUCCAACAAUGUAGUGAAAGUAGCAGCACGGGUAGAAACUCUAGUAGGAAAAAGAAAAACAACAUGGAGUAUAUGAAGAAGCAUGCAAAGUUGCAUGAGAAGCAGCAUGAGAUGGAGAAGACUGGGAAGGAAAUGGAGCUCAAAAGUUCAAAGAGUGAAAAAAGGAAACAUUUGUGGAAUACUAAAUGUGAGAAGGAGAAAUCGAAUAUGAACAAAAUGGAAGCUUAUAACAAAGAUGAGAUGGAAAUGCACGAGAGCGAUGAAUUCUUCCAUCAACUGGGCACUGACAAGGAGAAUGAAAAGAACAAAGAUGACAUCGCGAUUAAGUGCAGUGAGUUCAACAACGAGAUUGAAGAGAUGAGGAAAAAAUUCAGCAGUUUCGGAAGUUUUUCCAAUUUGGGCAAUCUCAGCAAUUCCAAAAAAGUAGAAGGUGACAUGGUGAAAAUCCAUGGGGAUGGGAAGUUCAGGCGAGACUCCAACAGAGGCAAUGGCAAUGGAAGUGGAAGUGGCAAUGACCAUGGCAGUGGAAAUGGUAAAGAUAGCGAUGGUCGUCGAAGGGGAAGAUCAAACCAGACAGAGACGGAGAAACACGUAAAGCCACCAUAUGAAAAGGAGGAGAAAGAGGCAAAAGAUGCAAAUGAGGAAGACUUUUUCAAAUUCGAGUCUGAAGACGAGCAGCUGGAGCAGGAAGAUUCUGUAAAGGAUGUUGGUUUUUCCAAAGGGAAAACACGCAAUGACAAUUUUUCGAAUCCAUCAUCAUCCAAUUUUGAUCAUAUUUCAGAUAGAAAUAAAAAUAGAAACAGACACCAUGAUUAUAGGAAUGGAAAAAAAAAAAAGAAAGAAAAAAAGAAAAAAAAAAAAAAAGCUACACAAGAAGGAGGAUCAUCGAAUUGUGAUGAUGAUUUUUUUGAAAGGAAGAAUAAGACAGGAAUGCACUUUUCAUCUCCUAAUGAUGGAAUCAGGAAAAAACGAAACGAACUAAAUUCUGAAAAAUUAGCUAGCUAUUAUCCUAAUAAGGCCCAAUCGAGCAAGUCAAGAAAGAAUGAGAAUUCUUCAUUUUAUUUCAACUUUUCAGAUGCAAGUGUUGAGAACAAUAAAGAAUUCGAAUGGGGUGACAAUCAGAUGCAUGUGACGGAACUGAGUGGAGAAGAAGAGGAACAGAAACAGAAGAAUUCGCACAUUGAAGACACUGCAUCUACAAGGAAAUAUCUCAUCAAUUUCAAUGCAGAUGAAAAAAUCCAACGAGGUGAUAGUAGCAGUGAUGGUGCAAGUAGUGUCGAAAUGGAUGGUAGUAGAACCCACAGUGGUGAUGGUGGUAGUAGUACUGUUCAUGCAAGUAAGGUCAACAAGGGAAGCACAGAAAAAGAAUCCAUGAAAAAAUAUCUAAGAAAAAUCGUGAAAGAAACAAAAGGAGAAGAAUUUAAAAAGUCCAAAGGAGAAAAUGAACUGAGUAAGAAGGAAUACAAACAGGCAAUAGAUGUGAAUAUAAUUCUCGAUGAAUUCAAAGAAAAGUUUGAACAUGAAUUUAUUGAUAAUUUUGUAGAGAAUUUAGGACACAAAUUUCGCCUUAGCGAAAAGGAAAAGAAGGAUAUUAUCGAUAGCUUUAAAAAAAAUGACAAGGAAAAAAUUGGUUCAGAUUAUAUAAAAGAAAAAUACAACGAGUUAAUAAAAAAAAAGAAAGAUCGCGAGGAAAACAAAAUAUAUGAAGAAAUUAAAGAAGAGUUAAAAAAGGUAAAAGAACAUUCACCAGUUGAAAUGGAUUUAAAAAAUUACAUAAAGGAAAAUAAACUAAUGAAUGAUUACUAUAUAAAGAAGUAUAAUUAUGAAGACAUGAGUGAAAGUCAUGCUGAGGAUUCUUCACACAAUGGGGAUGAUGACAUAGACAGAAACAAUGCAUCAAAUGAAGAACAAAACUUUAUAAAUUUUGCUUGGGACAAAAAUAAAAAGAUAGAGAAAAAUAAUUCUUCUUCGAAAAGUGAAAAAAAAGAAAAUUUUAUUAAUUACAAUUCUUGUAGAAUGGACGAUUCAUAUACAUCUAAUAAAAGUCACUCCAUUGUAAAUUUUGGACACGGUGAUGACAGUAACAUCUUUUUGCAAAGGGAAAACAUUAGUGUAUGCAGUGCACAUAGUAUGCAAAGAGGAAUGAAUGAAGAGUAUAAGGAGAUGCAAAAAAGGGAACCAUGUUAUUCUCAAAAUGAUAAUUCUGGUGAAAGAAUUGAAUUAGAGGAAAAAAAGUCAGACAUUAGCGAUUUUACAUUUGUAAAGUGUAAACAGAAAAAGGAAACAAAAACAUUUUGGGAUUUCAAUGAUAGAGGAAAUGAUGGCCUUGAGCUAUUUAUGUAUGAUAAGAAUGGUGACAAUGUGGAAUUGAGGAAGAGUAAAUUGUUUUCUGAUGAACAUUACGGUGCUGCGCUCCUUGGAGAGCCUUCAGAGAAGAAGUUCCACUUUGAAAAAAGAAAUAGUUUAUUAGCAGUGAAUAGAAGUAAGGACAAACCAAAUGGGACUGAUUUGUCAUACAAAGGAGAGGAACAGCGUGUCAAUGGAAGUUGCAAUGGAAAUGAUCGUGGCAGUGAAAGUGAUCGUGGCAUUGAAAGUGAUCGUGACAAUCGAAGUGAUCGUGACAAUCGAAGUGAUCGUGACAAUCGAAGUGAUCGUGGCAGUGAAAGUGAUCGAGGCAGUGAAAGUGACCGUGGAGCUGGUAGACAAGCGUGCUCGUACCUAGUUAUGAAGGGAGAAGAGGAGCUGACGACAAGUCCAGCAGAAUUGAACGAUGUUAUAGAGAGGGGAAAGAGGUACUACAGAUUUAUAGUUCCUUUGACACCAUAUGAGUUAUUUGUAGUAUGUAAUUUUUACAAGAAUGGAAUUAACAAAGAGUUGAAAGAAUUUCGAAACAAAAAGUAUAUAUCACGUGAGAAGCAUGAUGUCAUUGGGAGAGGAAUGGCCAGAACCCCAGUUAACUUGACAUACAUAAAAUAUAAAAUAUCAGUUAUGAAAGCUUUACUUAAGAGUAGUUUAAAAAAUAUUCAAGAAAAGAAAUAUAAGAGGGGAUUAAAAGCAUGUAUAAGGAAUAGAGAAUAUAUGAAGAAUUUUAUAACAAGUUAUUGCAUUUUAAAAACAAAAAAAUUAAAAAUGGAUCAAUCGAAUCAAUAUCAAUUUACAGAUAUGUACUUGAAUAUAAGCAGUUCGUAUAUAACUAUGGAUGAAUUAAAAAACAUUUUAAAAACAAAUGUAAGAAAUAUUAUUAUUUGUAAAAUAUACAUACUAAUGAAAGAAUAUAAGCGUUACAAGUAUAUUGAAAAUUCUUCCAUCAAUCUAAUCCUGUACUCAGUUUUAUGUCGGAUUGUAACCAACUACAAGCUCUUAAGAAACAUUUUGAAAAAGUUUAUUUUAUAUUUAUUUCUAAGGGGUUGUCUAAGCUACGCAGAAACAAUGUGCAAUUUUCUUUUCCUUUUAUAUCCAUAUGAAAAAAAUCAUCCAAUAGUAGCAGAAAUUUACAAACUCACGAAAAACACAUUUUUAAAAUAUUCAACAUGUUACAAGAGUAAUAAAUUUACCUUGAUAAAUAAUUACCAUUUAAAUUUUGAAAAUUCUAUUCAGUUCUUUUCUCCUGAAUGGGGUUAUUACAUCUAUACCACGAGCAAUUUCAACAUAUUUUCUUCAACUAUUAAGUUUAAUGGAUUCUUAAAAAAAAGAGUCGACUUUUCGACAAUUUCGCAGGAAAAGUAUAAGUCUCUACUAAGUGGUGCCACACAACCUUUGGCUAUUUGUUGUGAAGCUGAAGACGGAGCUAAAAAUGGUGCAAAAAAUGGAACUGAAGAUGGAUCCAAUCGUGGUGGGCAUAAUCAGGACGCCUUGCCCAUCUCGACAAACAAUAUGGAAGGAGAGUCUACGAAAGGAGAGUCAAAUGACUCAGAAGCAGGAGGAGUGAGAUGCAUACCACCUGUCCCAGUUGUGCCAAUUGUGCCGGUAGAUUUGGCUGAAAAAUAUGAAAACGAAACAAGCAAGAGAAAUGAAGAGCUCCUACCUACUGAAAAGACAGAUGAUGGUAAUGUGUCGUCAGUGCAUAUGAACAUAGUUCCAUUUGAACCAGAUGCAGAUGCAAGAAAGGGAAGAAGAAGCACCAGGAAGAUAGAAAACAAGAAGAAAGAAGAAUCAUUUGGUUCGUCUUCCCCAAAUGACUUAUAUACCUAUUUAACAAAUUAUGAAAAAAAAAAACGAAAUUAUUACAUAAUUGAUGACAAUUUGAAACAUAUCCAAUUUAGUAGAAAACAAACCAAUUACAACUUAGAAACUUGUUUCCAAAUUGGAACAACAAAUGAGAAUUCUACGUCGAAACAAAAGAAUUAUCACGACAUAAAUCGAAUUAUGAAAAAAGGGAAUCAUGAUGUCUAUUUAAAUUCUUCUAAAUACACUUGCAAAAAUGAAUCCUUCUUAGGAACAUGUCCACAUUGUACUCAUCCCUUUAACUUCUUUACACGCUCGUGUAACAUUUGCCAACGACACGUCCAUGUGUGUUACUACUUCCUUAUCUACUGCACCUACAAAUACCAUUGCGAGUUGUGUGAUGCCACGUACUCAGAGAAGUGUUUGAAAAAGUUCAACAAAGGAUUCACCUGUUUCUACUGCGGACUCUUUUUCAUCCGGAAGUGA